GGCCGACCGGUUUACCUCUUAUCUGCCGCACACCACCACAGGCACCAACCUUUCAUGCAUGCUUUCAGACGCUGAAUAGUUUCAAACCUGGCCGACUUGAUUCCACUUUGGCGUGUUACCUCUUUUAGACUAAAAUGUUGUCUUUCUGCACCAAAGUUUCUCAUUUGACAAGGGGACACCACACACGCAAGAAAGGUACCAUGAGUGUGACCAGGUGUCUUGUGGCCCAGGAGGAGGUGCAGCAGUUCAUUGAGCGGUGCAUGCUGACGGUCGGCACGAGGGUCAGCCACGCCCGCAGCCUGGCCGAGGUGCUGGUGGAGGGGGACCGCAGAGGACACUACAGCCACGGCCUCAACCGCAUGGAUUUGUACGUUCGAGAAAUCGGUGCUGGUAUCUGUGUUAAGGACGGAGAGCCGGUGGUGGAGCGUGAGAGUGCCGCCACUGCCCUGGUGGAUGGCAGGAACCUGCUGGGCCCGGUGGUGGGCAACUUCUGCAUGGACCUGGCCCUGAGAAAGGCCCGAGAUGUGGGCAUCGGCUGGGUGGUGGCACGCGGCUCCAAUCAUUACGGCAUUGCUGGAUAUUAUGCCUUGCAAGCGGUGAAACAGAACAUGAUUGGCAUGUCCUUCACCAACACGUCUCCCCUGGUGGUCCCCACCAGAGCUAAAGAGUGCACUCUUGGAACCAACCCUCUGAGCGUGGCCGCGCCGGCUAAAGAGGGAGACAGCUUUGUAUUGGACAUGGCCACAUCUGCCGUGGCCUUGGGAAAGGUGGAGCUGCAUGACCGUAGUGGCAUUUCCAUCCCCGAGGGCUGGGGCUGUGACGGUCAGGGAAGGCUGAGUACCGACCCCAGCAAGGUGCUGCAGGGAGGGGGGCUCGUGCCCAUCGGGGGCUCUGAGACCACAGGGGGCUACAAGGGCUUUGGUCUGGGCAUGAUGGUGGAGGUGUUCUGUGGGAUGCUGGCUGGGUCCGAGUACAGCCGCAACAUUCGAACCUGGAGGGUGACCGAUCGCCCGGCUAACCUGGGCCAGUGUUUUGUGGCAAUAAACCCAGAGAACUUUGCCCCCGGUUUUAAUGACAGAAUGUCAGACCUCCUCUCGUUACACCGAGAUCUCCACCCUGCGGACCCUGAAAAGCCCGUGUUGGUGGCUGGUGACCCAGAGAGGCUGCACGAGGAGGAGUGCCGGGCCCUUGGUGGCAUCCCAUACCAUCUCAGUGUGGUCAACUACAUGAAUGAAGUUGCCAAAGGUAUCGGGGUGACCACACUACUGCCAGUGGAUAAGGUGAUUCCUUAGCAUCUGAUUGGGUGUUGCACCAACAGAACAUCUGGAUUCAUCACAGUCAUUGGCUCUCUCGCCGGGUUUGGCCUGAGCGUGGGCUGAUGGUGGGAGAAUGAAAUUGUGUUACUUUUAUCUUCAGGAAGCACUUUUACUCAGGGAUGUAAGGUGCAUUUUAUUGUUUAAUGUAAUUUAAUUUAUUCUAAUGUAAUUUAAAUGGUUUUACAUGGCGUAGUGAACUAAUAAAUUAAUAAUGUUAUGUAAAGUUGUUUUAAAGCUGCUAGAAAUAAUUGUAACCAGGUCAGUGCUAUCAACUGAUGCGCUACUGGGGUCUGUGGGCAUUCAUACACAAAAUGUGUUAUAGUCCACAAAUGCAAGUGUUUCUUUAAACGAUUUUAUGAAGGCACAAAUAAAACCAAUUCUGUCUUAA